AUGGCAUUCCCACCUCUACCCGCCGGCGCCUCCUACCUCCGCCUCCAGAAUUCUGCUCGCCGCAACGCCCUGUCCCUCUCCAUCCUUCGCUCUCUCCGGCAACAGCUCGUCGACUUCAACACCUCGCCGUCUGGGAAAUUGCACAUACUGCCUCCCUUCAAGCCCGAGAUUCUGUCGAAACUUGAGGCUGGAGAUGAAGAGUAUGCGUGGUUGCUUGACGCCGAGAUCUGGAGUAAAGAGAGGCAGGGACUCCCUAAAGUGCUCGUGCUGCGCAGCGAGGGGCCUGUUUUCUGCUCUGGUCAUGACUUAGGAGAGCUGCGCAAGUUAGGCCAUGAUGAAACAAAAGAGACCUUUGCAUUGUGCGCCGAGGUGAUGGGGUUGAUAAGGCGGAGUCCCGCGCCCGUGAUAGGCGUCAUACAAGGCCUCGCAACAGCAGCAGGCUGCCAACUAGCUCUAACAACCGACUUCCCAAUCGCCCUCGCCUCAACGCCUUUCCGUCUCCCCGGUGCAUCCAUCGGGCUUCCCUGCACCUCUCCCUCGACAGCCGUAGCCCGUCGCCUCCACCCCGGCCAAGCAUACCGUAUGCUCGCCAUGGCGGAGCCCGUGCGCGCCGACCAGCUAAACGGCGCCGUCGACGUUGUCUCCGAGCCUAAGCUAGAUGCGCCGCUGGAAGUGCAUUCAGCGGCUCUCGAAGCGCGCGUUGCGCAGGUCGUGGAGCAGCUUGCGGGUAGGACUGCGGGGCAGCCUGCAGCGUUGGGCAAGUGGGCAUUCUGGACGCAUGUGGGGCUCCAGGGCGCGGGGACUGAGGGAGGGGGCGAUGGGUACGAGGAUGCUGUGAAGUGGACUGGUAGGGUCAUGGCGGUGCAUGCGAGGGCUGGAGAUGCGAAGGAGGGUGUAAAUGCUUUUUUUGAGAAGAGGAAACCGGAGUGGAAGACAUGA